GGUGAAGCCUCGGCUCUGGGUGGUUAUCAUGGCCGGACAUUUUGACGCGGAGGACCGCAGCAGCUGGUUCUGGGGUCGCUUGAGCAGGCAAGAAGGGGUGUCUUUGCUCCAGGGACAGAGGCACGGUGUGUUCCUGGUGAGGGACUCCAUCACCAGCCCCGGGGAUUACGUGCUGUCGGUGUCCGAGAACUCAAAAGUCUCCCAUUACAUCAUCAACAGCAUCAGCAACAACCGACAGUCUGGAUCAGGUUUGGCCCAACCGAGGUUCCGUAUCGGCGACCAGGAGUUUGAAGCCCUCGCUGCUCUGCUAGAGUUCUACAAGAUCCACUAUCUGGACACGACCACUUUAAUCGAGCCCAUAAACAAGUCCAAACACACGUCGUUCAUCAGCGUCGGAGGUGGCGUUCCCCCUCAGCGCCUCGAAGACGAAUUCGUCCGAGCGCUCUUCGAUUUUCCAGGAAACGAUGACGAGGAUCUGCCGUUUCGAAAGGGAGACAUUCUUCGAGUUCUGGAAAAGCCAGAGGAGCAAUGGUGGAACGCCCAGAACUCUGAGGGUCGAGCGGGGAUGAUCCCGGUUCCUUACGUAGAGAAAUAUCGCCCCGCGUCGCCUAAUUCGGUGGCGGUUCCUCCAGGAAUGUUGGGGAACUCUGACGCUCCUCCCCCUCCUCUGUUGGGAGACCCCAGUCAGUACGCUCAGCCCACCCCACUCCCUAACCUGCAGAACGGACCCGUGUUCGCCCGGGCGAUCCAGAAGAGGGUCCCCAAUGCGUACGAUAAGACGGCCCUGGCUUUAGAGGUGGGCGACAUGGUGAAAGUGACCAAAAUCAACGUGAACGGCCAAUGGGAGGGCGAGUGUAAAGGAAAACGCGGCCAUUUUCCCUUCACACACGUCAAACUGCUGGAUCAGCAAAACGCAGAGGAGGAACUGAGCUGAGAGCGAAUCAGAACCCUGGACACUAGUGUUAGUCCCGCCCCCUUUUAUCCCCAAUAGAGUGGUGCAAGAAUGAGUCCUAAAACCCGGAAGUAAGCAUUUCACCACUUCCUGUUCCCUGGUCUCAGAGCCAAUGGGAUCUCUCCAUAGGGUUUUAGGAAAGUAGCUGAACUAAGGUCUGUGGUUGAGACACAUUGAAGAGACAGAUCACGUUUUGUUCUACGACAUUAAAUCCAUCAGCAGUGACCCCACUGGUGAUUUCUGAAGAGUGGACGUGUCUGAAAAACGAU